GCAGGCUGCAUGUUUAUUGGCUGUUUGUACGACAUUUCGCAUUUCAAUAAACUAUUCAUGCCUGUCAGAGUCGCAUUCGUAUACAAAAGCAGACACAUGUUAAUCACCUCAUUGCGCAAUAGCCAUAGAGAGCAAUACCUAUCAUUAGGAACCCAAAUUGAUUUCACAUCACAAAUUUGACUCAACGACUACUUAUAUAUCGACAUCUCCCAAGCAGUGUUCGAAACAUCUUCUUAGAGCUUCCAAGUCUUCAAACAAUGUAGAAGUCUCAUGAGAAGGUCAAUAUGAUGUCCCUCAAAUCCCUCAUCAUUGCGGCCCUCGGCCUAGCCCCAGCAGCCGUCCAAGCAGUCUACCCCUUCUUCAACCCGGGCGACCUCGCUGCCGCCGACAAGUUCGACUACAUCCGCCAAGAACACAACGGCGUCGUCCAGACCGUCACAAACGUAGUCUACAAGGGCACCACCGCCCUCAAAAUGACACAAACCUACGAUCCGUCCUACACGGGGCGCUACCACUCCGAAGUCGACGUCAACGACGGCUACACCCGCGGCCAGGACCGCUUCUACGGCUUCGCCUUUCGGCUCUCGGAGUCCUGGCAGUUUCAGCCGCAGUCGUACAAUAUCGCGCAGUUCAUCGCCAAUCGGCCCGGGGCGGGCUGCGGCGGGGAUGAUUGGAUGCCGUCGAGCAUGCUCUGGGUCGAGGGCGAUCAGCUUACCUCGCGGAUUGUGAGUGGGCAGUAUCGACAGCCGGAUUGCGGGCGGAGUAUUACGAAGUAUGGGAAUUUGACGACGGUUGAGCGAGGGGUCUGGCACCGAGUUUUGAUUCAGGCGAGUUGGCGGAGCGAUGCGACUGGGUUUUACAAGAUUUGGUAUGAUGGGGUCAAGGUGUUGGAGAAGUAUAACGUCGCGACGACGGUGAACGAUGAUAGUACUUUCCAGUUCCGUGUUGGGUUGUAUGCGAAUAGUUGGUAUGAUCAGGGGAAGCUGGAUGGGGAUCAGGGGUUCCGACAGGUGUGGUUUGAUGAGAUUGCCGUUGAUUCGACUUAUAAGGCGGUGGACCCUGAUCAGUGAGUUGAGUUGGAGGGCCAGUCGGGAGAUGAGAAGAAGCGCUCACCUUUGACUUAGUGCACGAGACAAUCUCGGGAAUCUUUUCCGUUAUCCUCAGAUACCUACGUAACUUAAGUACUAAAGUAGUAACCUCGCAUUGAGAAACAUGGG